AUGACCGCAGAUGCGAGGAAUGACCAAGUGUUGAAGAAACGUAUAUCUGGACGGCCAAAGUGUGGGCCUCGAUUAGCUGCCAGAGACAGCAGCAGCGAAAAGCAGAGUGUAGGAUUUAUUUGUUUUGAGCGCAAUGCCACGACGGCGGCUCUGGCAAAACGAAUGGAGUUUCCGAAAAGAAAACUGGGGACCUUCUACGCCCGAGAAUUUCCACGUUUUCUUGAACCGAUCGUGCCACACAGCGAGGCAGCUUUCGCUGAGGACAUGAGCACUGGUAUUAGGAAGUCCUUCAGUAGUAUUAGAAAAGGAUAUCAGUAUAGCACAGGAUUUUCAGGCCUCGAGGGCUGCACUAUUUUGUAUAUUAUCAGCCGCAAGGGUGUGUAUGCUGUGCACUGGUUUGAAAACGUGUCCUUUUCACCUGACAGUGUCUGGCUUGAGGGCACAACUGUGGAAGACCUGUUUCAAAAUACCGUGAUCGACAUGUUGACUAAUGGAGGAAGGUAUCACCCUAAAGUCGCUGCGAGAAUAAUUGAAGACGACUAUAUCAAGGCCUAUCUCAUACACCCAACGCAGACUUGGAAGGAAGGCCCUGAUGAUGCCGGCUACACGGAGCAGUGGCAGCAGGUUCGGACCACUGUCGGCAAUCUUGUACCAAAGCUGCAAGAUCAAUCGAGAUGGACAGAUAUCCCGUACACCGUCGCUACACCUGCCGAGGUCCUGAAGUCAGACGGAGCCGCAGGUAAGAAUCUCUUCAAAUAUGACCCAGCUCAUGAUGUCGGGGGAGGCAAGACGGAGCACUUGGCCAUGUUAUGGAUUGAAGACCAGAAAGAGCCAUACCAUGAAGACCGAUGGUGA